AUGCCUACCCUUUCCCCAGUCGCAGAUCGGCGCAAAGCGAGGUCUAAAAAUGGCUGUCUUACUUGUCGCAUCCGCAAGGUCAAGUGUGAUGAGCGACGGCCGGUUUGUAAGAGAUGUGAGAACAGUCCCAAUAAGUGCGAAUGGCUUGAGCCCGGGCAGCCUUUGGCUAGGGGUCAGACUUCCAAGGGGGUGUUAAGCCCAAGGAGUUACGGUAGUCCAAAGGCUCUGGUCACUGGCGAAUCGCCAAAUACGAGCGUCAAUAAUGAUAUCGGCUCUGCAAGCCCAGUCAGUCUGAUCUCACCAUCGCGAGACCUCAGCAGCCUUGAAACACCAUUGCCGACUUUCCCAGCAGCCCACAUUGCUUUGGCUGACUCGCUCCAGUUGAGCUCUGAAGACCGGGCGGCGUUCGCUUACAUCCCAUCUUCCAUCAUGGUGUUGAGUUACGGCAAACUAUGGAGCUGGAGCUGCUUCUCAUAUAUAUACACCUACAUCGCUAGCAAGUACCCCGGGGUGAUGAGAAGCUUCAUCGCGGUAGCGAAUAUGGAACUUCGGGCGAAAGAUCUACUGAUAGCCCAGGAUUUAAUGGAUGCGGAUGCUUCGGAAAAGGCAGACCAGCUGGGAGCUGCUGCCGCAGUGCAUUAUACUCAGGCUCUAAAGGAUCUAUCGUCGCUAUUGGAUCAUAUAUGUCAGGAGCCGGAACAAAGUCGUGACAUAGACGCCUUGUUUGUAAUGUGGUUCCUGAUUCUCAGAUACGAGGCUCAUGAUUCAGAGACGACUGGUGCAUCUCUUUUACAUCUGGAAGGGAUUCGGUCAUUUCUAAGACCAUACUUGCAAGAUGAGGGAGAGAAGAGUGAUAGACAACUUCCUUGCGUGGCACAAGCGAUGCUCUUAUAUACUUUGUGGGUCGCCAUACCGGUCAAAUACUAUAUGCUUAUCAAUUCUAGAUACCUGGAUGCAGAUUCAGCAACCGGAAACAUGAACAGUGGACAAUUCUGCCUGGACUUUCUCUCUCGCGACGCUCACGACUAUAUCUCCCACGAACACUUAUUCCUCAGUGUAAGAUCAGCUUUGCCCAAAAUAUGGGGCGAGCAAUAUCCCGUCUCUGAACUUCUCGACGACUUGGAGAACUACCGUCCACUGCGCCUAUAUCAUCUAUGCCAAGGUGCAAAGCUUGAACUUCUGAGACUCGCAAGGUCCGCAAACCACGAUGAGUACGAUUCUAGUAGUCUCAAGAAACUAUGGGUACAUGUUGAGCGGUUUGGUGAUGAAUUCGCGGAUAUUCUCCUCCUAGCUAAAAAGACACCUGGUUCUGGGGGCAAACGCCUCAUGUGGACAGUCUACUCUGCAGCGCUCGAUUUUCACGCUCUCCAGAUCCUUUGCUCAAGUUUGGACGCUUAUGACGAGACCUCUUUCAAGCCAGAACCCUCGCUAUCGUAUAUCUUCACUGUAGCAACAAAGGCCCUUGGGGAGGAUCCACGGCAGAUCUAUCGCUUCAUGUGGUCACUAUCUGUUGCGCUGGGCAAAGGUCGAGGACACAGCAGCCAGUCGUGGUUAUCCUCGCAGCUUUCCCAAGCUCGAGUUUUGAUGCCGAGGUUUGGUGUUCCAGGACUGAUACUAGACCAGUCUGGUGGACUGCAGUUUAGCCAGGACAGCUGA